UUUUUUUCUGCAGUGCAGAUGAUCUGGCGCUCACUCAGCACUGCUGUGUCCUCAGCACCUCUGCAGUCUCUGCAGCUGUUUUGAGGCUCGGCUGGACGUGGACAUGAAGUGGGGGCUGCUCGUCGCUCUUCUUGGAGUGCGUAUGUUUGGGCGCAGUCAGCAGGAGGAAGAAGACUAUGAGGAUGUGCCCAUUAAUAAGACCUGGGUUUUGUCCCCAAAACUCUAUGAGAGCGACGUGACCUUGAUCCUGAAUAAACUCCUGCUGGGUUAUGACAACAAACUGCGGCCGGACAUCGGAGUGAGACCGACAGUGAUUGAAACAGCCGUGUACGUCAACAGCAUCGGACCCGUGGACCCCAUCAACAUGGAAUACACCAUUGACAUCUUCUUUGCCCAGACGUGGUACGACAGCCGUCUGAAAUUCAACAGCUCCAUGAAGCUGCUGAUGCUCAAUAGCAACAUGGUAGGAAAGAUCUGGAUUCCUGACACAUUCUUCAGGAAUUCCCGUAAAUCUGAUGCUCACUGGAUCACCACUCCGAACCGUCUGCUGAGGCUGUGGAGCAACGGCCGAGUGAUGUACACCCUGAGGUUGACCAUUAAUGCGGAGUGUUAUCUUAAGCUGCAUAACUUUCCAAUGGAUGAGCACUCGUGUCCGCUGGAGUUUUCAAGCUAUGGUUACCCCAAGAAUGAAAUCAUGUACCGGUGGCAGCGGCGUGCAGUGGAGGUAGCAGACCAGCGCUAUUGGAGACUCUAUCAGUUUGCCUUUGUGGGUCUGAGGAACACCUCUGACAUGGUGCACACACAGUCAGGGGACUAUGUUAUCAUGACCAUCUUCUUCGACCUGAGUCGGAGAAUGGGCUACUUCACCAUCCAGACUUACAUUCCAUGCAGCAUGAUUGUGGUCUUGUCCUGGGUGUCCUUCUGGAUCAAUAAGGACGCCGUCCCUGCCCGCACAUCUCUAGGUAUUACCACAGUGCUCACCAUGACAACACUCAGCACCAUCUCCAGGAAGUCCCUGCCCAAAGUCUCCUAUGUCACUGCCAUGGACCUGUUUGUCUCUGUCUGCUUCAUCUUCACAUUUGCUGCCCUCAUGGAAUAUGGAACCCUGCACUACUUCACCAGUAACAGACAGACCAAGAACACCAAAGCCAACAACAACGCUCAGAAAGUCUCCGGCGUGCCGAGCUUUCGUCCCGCCAUGUCUCUGCUACAGAUGAACAGCAUCGUGCCGUACCACGAGGACGAUGACGCAUACGACUGUCUGGACGGUAAAGACUGCGCCAGCUUCUUCUGCUGCUUUGACGACUGCCGCUCAGGCGCCUGGCGAGAAAACAAGAUGCACGUGCGAGUUUCUAAGAUUGAUUCUUAUUCACGAAUAUUCUUUCCCACUGCAUUUGGCCUUUUCAAUCUGGUUUACUGGAUCGGAUAUCUGUAUCUAUAAAACCAGAACCUCAAACAGCAAAGUUGGACAUUUGCAUCAGCAAGCUUCAGGCACAGCUUUACUACAGGAAGUCAGAAUUUAUUUAGCUCCAUAGGAAAAAAUGAAGAAAUCAAAACAUACAAGUGUCACGUAGAAACGGUCGUGCCUUUUGCCUUUUUGUUUUUGUUUGUUUUUGGCAGAAUAUUCUGAUGCGUUUAAAACCAUCAUGAAAUGUGCUGUGUGUGUUUCUAAAAGCCACAAACAGAAUGCUGCUGUUUUGUUUUUAGUCUGACCUCACUUCCUGCUUGGGUUUAACCAAUCACAUUGUAACUGACUGUGUUUCUGAGAACAUUGAAGGUGAAUAAAUGAAGUGUCUCCA